AUGGGUAAUAAUUUACUGAGCGAACUGGAAUAUUCGCUUGGAUCCAAGACAACCCUACUUGGCCUUCGACCGGAUUGGAGCGUUUGGAAUUCCUUAUAUAAACGUCCCGCUAUAAUAUCGGAAAAGAGAUCAGAAGUUAAUCUAUCGGCAACAUUCCUCGUGUUUCGCCGGAAGGCAUCACAGCCCGCUCCCGCUCCCGCCGCUGCCAGGCUAUGGCGUACGACGACCGCCGCCCGCCACCUCACGAUCAUCGAUCCCUUUGCAACUCUAUGCAAAUAA